AUGGAUCGCCGAGGAAACGAGUCGCCCAUGGAAUGGGAAUUCGAUAGCAAACCGCCCGUGGAUCACACAAGCCCAUAUGCUUCUUUGCUAUCCAAACAACAACCACUAUCUUCGUUCAGUAGUUCAACACCAAAGACUAGCAACCCCACGUUUGGAGCCCCGACAGCUACUCCCCGAAACAACAUUCUCCACGAGCACCGAGAUACCCUUAAACCCCCUAAUACAUCUUUCAACCCUCAACUCCAGAACAAGCCGACGGCGCCCCAGUUCCGAAACCCCGCCUUUGCUACACCACAGAAACGGUCCGAUGAACAGGCGUCAGAAUCACCCUCCGAGGCUAGCCCCGCCAUGACGGACAUAUCUGAAAUGCCACCCGACACCCCCGAGGCUAUGUUCAAUGACAGCUUCAAGAUCCCGGGAAGGGCUUACACACCACUACAAGCGGGUAGGGCCAUGUUCACCAGGCAAUACUUCCAAAAUGGCAGGCAGAGGAAGCGCAAACGCCAGCGCGGCGACCGUGACGUCGGAAGCGUACGAUCUCGCCUCGACCAUGCAUCUGACGAAUCUGAUAGUGAUUGGGAGGAGGGAGUGCGACCAGGAAGGAGGCGGUCCUCGACAGACAAGAACGCAAACCCUGGCUGGUUGACCAGCUUCCUCGACACCGUCAGCAAAUACCCUGCUGCUCCGGCUGUGCUUUCGAGGUGGCUACAAUUCGUUAUCAACACGUUUCUGAUCGGCGUCAUUCUGUUCGCGGUCUUUAGUUGCGUAAUGGCUGUACGAAACGAUCUCUCGCGUGCCGCCGACAAGGCUCGGUCGAACCUGAUGCACGAGAUAUCGCAAUGUACAAGCAAUUACCACAAAAACCUAUGCGCUCCCAAGCUAAAUCGGGCACCGGCUUUGGAGAUGCCCUGUAACGAAUGGGAAGCGUGCAUGAACCAGGACCCGUCAACCGUGAUGAUGACUCAGAUCUCAGCAAGGAAUAUGGCCGAGAUAUUGAAUGAGUUCUUUACCAUAAUAUCUUACAAAACAUGGGGCUUCAUCCUAUCAGCAUUCCUUGUGGCCAUCAUUGGCACCAAUGUAGGAUUCGGCUCCCUGCGUGAUUCUGGAGCAUUGAGACCAUCCUCUCCGAGGAAACAUGCAGAACCGGCACCAGUAGCAGCGCCGCCGCCUACUCCUGUUCAUCCGAUUUUCAACACCCCGGCGUUUCACCACAACCCCCAGCAGGCGUACAUCUUUGCGCCCAUCGAAACCCCGAGGCGAGCUCGUCAGCAAUUCUUCGACGAUGCGACCGAUACCGAUAACUCACCUGAUGUGAGGAUGGUGUUGCCUCCACGAACCCCUCGAAGAAGUCCAAGCAAGGGAGAGAGGAGAUGGAACUAA